AUGGAAACCUCGCAUCAGACCUCCCGGCGCCGUUUGUCGACCAGCCAGCUUUCAUACCCCAAUCACACCCUCGGAGAUAUCGCUGAUCUGAGCUUCGUACGCCUCGGUCGGGUGGGAAGGGAUAAAGACCUUGGCCCUCUUUUACACCCCCGACAGCCUCUUAGCAAAGCGCGUCAGACAGUCCUGGUUUGUUGCCUUCUGCUGGGGUUUCUUUUCUCGACCGUGGACACUUGCAUUGUCUCCAUCCCACUCCUUGCCAUUUCGAAAGAGUUCGACGACUUCACCAGCUCAACAUGGGUGAUACUUGCGUACCUGCUUACUUACAUGGCAUUCGCCACCGGCAUAGCCCAGCUUAGCGACAUCUAUGGUCGCCGCAACUUGCUCCUCCUUUCCUGGACCAUUUUCAUCGCUUUCUCCAUGGGCUGUGGCGCUGCAACUAGCAUGCCGGUGCUCAUAAUUUGUCGUGGUUUUCAGGGCUUUGGAGGUUCUGGACUCUACAGCAUUGCGCAGAUCAGCAUUGUUGAGAUUGGCCCCGGCCAUCGCCCCGGCCUGGUUGGGGCCAUGAUGGGAGGUGUCCUGGCGUGCGCCUUCAUCUGUGGACCUCUCUUCGGUGGCCUCAUUACGCAGAGUGCGUCCUGGCGCUGGAUAUUCAACAUCAACAUUCCUUUCGGCCUCGUCGCUCUCGGAGCCAUCAGCUGCUUUUGGCCUCAGGAACCUCAGAUGGCCAAGAUCUUGACGUGGUCUGCGUUUGUCAGCAUCGACUUCGUCGGCGGCCUCUCUUUGCUGAGUGCCUCGGGGUUUCUAGCCUACGGUCUUCAACGUGGUGGAUCGUACGCGGCGGCGUGGGAUAACCCAGAGAUUGUUACGGCCCUCACCAUUGCCAGUAUAUGUUGGGCCGUCUUCUUCACCUGGGAGUACCUGUUGGCCAAGAAGCAUUUCCCCCACAUCCAGCCGCUCUUUCCAAUCCGGCUUGCUACCGAGCGUGUGUACAUGACUGGGUUGCUAGUCACCCUUCUCACCGGCUUCCCGUUCGUUCCUCUGACUAUCAACAUUCCCCAACGCUUCCAAAUCAUCUACGGCGACGAACCUCUGAAGGCGGGCGUCCACUUAUUGCCCAUGCUGGGAGCAUGCGCAUUGGGAUCUUUUGCGUCAGGCGCCAUCUGCAGCAAACGGAACUUCUUGUGUUGGAUACUCAUGGCUGCAGCGUCACUGCAACUGAUGGGCCUGGGUCUCAUGUCGACCCUUGACGAUCCUGAUGAAAGCGUCCGUCAAAGUUAUGUUUACCAGACCAUCUUUGGUCUCGGCACUGGUCUUGUUUUCAGCGCCGCGACUAUCCUAGCUGCCGUCAAGACCAUGGCUCACAAUGACCUUGCUGUUGCCAACGGCGCAAUGGCGCAGGCCCGAGUCCUCGGUGGCUGCAUCGGUAUCGCUGUUUCCACUGUCAUUUUCAACACGCACUUCAACACGGCACUGCGCGAGCAGCUCACACCCCAACAAAUGAGCGAUCUGCACCGAUCCCCUUCUUCUGCUACGCAAUGGCCAGACGAGGCACGGGGGGCCGUCCGUGAAGUCUACGCCACAGCAUAUUCCGAAGAACUCAAGGUGUUGAUGUACGUCGCAGUGGGUACCUUGGUCGUCUCAUUGUUUACAUACGAGAAGAAUCCGACGUCGAUUCACGAAGCUGUGGCCGCAGCCAAGGAGAGAAAUGAUAAGCACCACAGUCCGGAGACAGACCUCAGUGAUCUCGGCAGUCUUCGAUCUACCCGGAUUGCCGAAGCUUAG